AGCGUUUCCCCGCGCCCGCUCUUCCGGUCCCCUCCUUCCCGCGGCGGCCGAGCCCGACACUUUCGUUCCGGGGCCUGCGAGGGCCGCGGAAGAGCUGCGCAGUCCCCUGCGGCGAGCGCCGGCCCGCGGAGGGGCCGGACCAAAGGGAGCGGCUAACCAUGUCUUUAAAUUCACCUACACUGGUAAAUGAAGAAAACUCUCAAGAACCAAGAAGAAAUUCUGAAUGUUUGAAAAGUGUAGAAUCGCAGGCUCCAUCAUCGUUUCAAGAUAACCCACUUCAACAGCUACAGCUUGCAUCGCAGGAAGUACUUGAAAAGGCAAAGAAGAGUGGGAGAUCAAAAUGUCCUCGAUGCAGUAGCUCAAGGAUGUUUUAUUGUUAUACAUGCUUUGUUCCUGUUGAAACUGUCCCUACCAAAGAAAUUCCAACUGUGAAGUUACCUUUGAAGGUUGACAUCAUUAAACACCCAAAUGAAACAGAUGGCAAAAGCACUGCUGUGCAUGCUAAGCUCCUGGCACCUGAUGAUGUUACAAUAUAUAAAUACCCCUGCAUUCCAGAAUACGAAGAAAAAAGACAUGAAAUAGCACUUAUAUUUCCUGGCCCCAAUUCAGUUUCGGUAAAAGAUAUUGCUUUCCAUCUCCAAAAGUAUGUUAAGAAAGGCACUUUUGCUAACGAUAAUGACUGUUCCAGAGAACCAUUUCUUAAGCAAGCAAAAUUAGAACCUAAAGAAGAAGAAAAAGAUCUAAAUGAAUGCAUCUCAACCAGUGGGAACGAAGGCACUAGACUGAAGAAAAUAAUAUUUAUUGACAGUACCUGGAAUCAAACUAACAAAAUAAUAACUGAUGAACGACUUCAAGGGUUGCUGCAAAUUGAGUUGAAGACAAGGAAAACUUGCUUUUGGCGUCAUCAGAAGGGGAAGCCAGAUACAUACCUUUCCACAAUAGAAGCAAUUUAUUAUUUCCUUGUAGACUAUCAUCAAGAGAUUUUGAAAGAGAACUACAAAGGACAAUAUGAUAAUCUGCUUUUUUUCUUUUCAUUUAUGUACACAUUGAUUAAAAAUGCCAAGUGUUGUGCAGGAAAAGAGUAAGAUGUCUGUCUAUAGGUAAGUUACGUUAUAUUUGGUUUCUUUUAUGAUGAUAAACUGCACAAAUGUAAUCUGGAAAUAGACUGUACUCUUAAUAAUGGUUAAGUGUUUGUCCGAAAGUAAGCUGCAGAUUUUAUGUCCUUUACACUUGAGGUUGUAGAACUACUCUGAUGAGCAGUCUGAUAAGAAUUACUCCUUUGAAACCAGUCAGGCUUUGCUAAGUGUUGUGUCAUCACAGUGAGAUUAUUUCCCGAGGUGGGGAUAGGAGGACUUGGCCCCUCUUGCCAUAAGGAGUUAUGUCUCUUAACUGUGAAAAGGAAUUAGCAUGCUAGCUUUUUAUUGUUAUUAAUACUUUAUUUCAGGUGUUUUCAUUGUGUUUUACACAGUAAAACUGAUUUCACUUUCAUAACAUGAAAAGCUGAGUGAAAUCGUUAGGAUGGUAUUUAACUGGGGGUGUGCCAGUACAAAAUGAAAGACCACAUUAAGUGACUAGAAUAUAAAUUAUGUGUUUUCGAGACUAAUUCUGGAAAACUGUCCUAGUAAUAGAAAAGAAUGCUCGCUUUAAACAUUAUAUAGUGUAUGAUUUCUGUAGUACCAUUCACAUACUUUCUGGGUAAUUUUUUCGUUACUAUCAUUUUGUGCAACAUUAACUUAAAUGUCACAGUGGCAUAUCAUAAACAGUAAAAUUUUAUAGAUGCCACAUACUUUCGUCUGGAAACAGAUAUUUUUGCAGGACUCAAAUUAAUUUGCAGAUACAAAAUAUAGGGAAGAUACUUGUUCUGACCACAACAAUUCCGACAAGACAUCCUUAAUUUAGGCAGACUAUUAUCCAUCUGCUGUGUUUUUCUUUUGCAGUAAUAGUGCAAAUUUGAACAGCUAAAUAAGACAUUGAUGCUGAUGGAAGUUUUGAUGGUAUAUGUAGCACUGCUGGCAGAGUCAUCACAUGUGAAUGUAAUUACAGAAGCAUGACUUUGCCAAGCUAUACCAUGCAGCUGAUGCUGGCAGUGGUAAUAGUCCUAAGCUGUAUCUUUACAAGCAGUUAAUACGAAUAUAUUUGUAUCACGCUAGGAUGUUCUGCCAGAAAAAUCAAGUUGGUAAAAAUUACAGUCUUAAGACUGAAAAAGAAUGUUUCAUUAGAGGUACACUGUAAGAUGGAUAAAUAUUUAUGAAUAUUCUCAGAAACACGUUUCUUAAGAAAACACUAGAUCUUGUCAAAGUGACACAGAAAAAUGGUAACAGAUAAUUUUUUAAACAAGAAAUUUGAAGUUUGUUGCGUAUUUUCCUCAAAAAAUUGGCCUAACUUAUCAGCUGUAGCCCAAGAGGGCCUUGUCACACCCUGGUGAUCAUAGAAACAAUGCCUUGAAAAAUACCGCCAGAAAAUCUUAUGCUGACACAGCUAUAUACAGGCUCAAACAACAGAUUUGUAGGAGAUUUUUUAAUGCUUCAGGAUACUGAAAGCAAAGUUAAUACUGCAGUAUUAACAAUUGGGCAGCUUAAUCUAGUUGAAGAUGUCCAUGCUUAUUGCAGGGGGGUUGAACUAGAUGACCUUUGAAUAAAUGUCCCUUCCAACCCAUGCUAUUCUAGGAUUCUUUAAUUGCUUAAAACAGAACAUACAAAUACGCUCUCUGCAAGUCAUACCUAUCUUCACGAAUGCAUAUAAAAAUGCGUUUCAGUGGACAACCAAAACACAGUUCCAUUUACAAAAAGAUAUGCUAGUCAAGUUACAUAAAUGCGUGUGAAAUGUGCAGGAACUGUAACAGCAUCAUGAGAAACACAGGCUUGAAGUCAGAAUGAGAAACAUCAUUUUUAAAUAUGCAUACAUAUUGAGUUCAUGUGCCAGGCAAUGAGAAAAAUCAGCAGUCAUGUCUCAGUGUUAUUGAAGCAACACAUUUCUUAUUCAUUUGGUUUUUAUUGCUAUUGAGAGGCUAUUUUAGCUUUCUAUAAUGAUUAACGCUAUUUCCUUUGGUAUGAAUUUUGAUAGUCUUUUGACAUUUCCAUCUGUUCUUGUAUUUCUUAAACAAAGAUUGUUGUAAUAUUUUUUUUAAGUCACACAAGUACAAUAGCUUGAGAAGGAAACUUUCACCCACUUUAAACAAACAAAAAUAAAAUGAACCCACUGACCUAACGUUUUACAAGAACCAGAGAGAAAAAUCUGGGGAGGAGGGGGAGUUACUUCCAAGACACAUUUCCCUGAAAACAUGUUUUUUUAUUUAAGAGGCAGAGGUCAGAUAAAAGCUUAUAUAAGCUGUUCUUUGUUACUUUUGGAAAAUAGUUUCACAAGGUUAAGAAUGGUUUCCAAAUUUAAGUUUUGUGUCUCUCACUUUAUUUGAACGAUGGGAAUUAAGACUCUAUUCCAAAAGUAAAUCAGUCUUAAUUCUCAGGUGAAAUCAACGUACAGAAAAGAUUGUAAAUCUGGAACACUGUGUCCCAGAAUUGGGUUCAGAUUCUUCUUCCAGUGCAACUGCGGUGUAAUGCAAGAGUCAUUCUUACACAAGUGACAGAGGCACAUCUAAUAUCUGUCAUUAAUUAUGGUCUGUUGAUAUUCCUCCGAUAACCUUUUGUGAGGGCGGGAAGGAGGUUACUGUCAUUUCUGCUGCAGAUCUGCUCUGAGCAGAUGUAGUUCUCCCUCCUCUCCCAUAUGUAAAAAUGUUUAAACCCUCUUAUUUAAUUUCAGUAUUUCUAUAAGCAGCCAAACCAGCCAAGUCCUCUACCUGACACAGAAAAUGUCUCAAAACUGUUGAUCCAUUUUACCAGCUUUGAGGUUGAAGAAUAAUUUUGUUCCACCAAAUGAAGGCGAUCAAGUGGUUAAUCCUUUCAAGUGCAAUUAGUAGCACUGACCUCACUGUUCUUUAAAAUUAAGGUCAUGGGGAGGUAAAGGCCAGUUCUGGGCCUUCUCUUUCAUAUCAGAAUACCCCUGCACUAACUAUCUCUUCUGUUUCCAAAAACAUCAGAGAGCAAGGAGGUAAACAGGCUUCUACUUCCAUUAGCAGUAACUUAAACAGCCAUAAGUUAAAGGGGGAGGAAAAGGAAGAGCAUCUCUAUCUAUCUCCUUUCACAACAGAAGACAUCUGGCCUCCUGUGGGGAGGCCCCAGAUAACAAAGAACCUGUCAUUACAAAGCUCUGCAGUGUGCUCAGAGAACUAUUUUACCUGCAGUCUGGCUCAUUCAUUUCCUGCCACUGAAGCCAUCUGCUUUUGCUUAUUGUGGGUAUUUUUGUUCUUUGUUUGGCCAGGAGCAUGAAGUGGCUUCACUUCAGCAUGCCUGUAUGCUUGGUCAGAGGCAGUGUUUAAUCCUUUUCUCAAAAGGAAUAAGAGGGAGCUGCAAAAACCAAUUCCUUUCCUGGAAGGUAGCACAAAUGUUCCAAGCCUAGGUUGAAUAGAGGAUCAUAUCAGUGCAUGGAUGGGGUAAAGAUAUAUUGAGACUGAAAAGAGAUGGCAACUUGGAAUCUACAGAAGCAGCUUCCAAAGCACUUGUAAUCGCACCUGAUUUAAAUCCUUUGCUACUUCUCCUUGCCUUUUUUAUUUAUUUUUAAUAGUUUGAGUCCACCUGGUUUUCCAGAGGCUCCUCCAGGCCAAACUGUAGAAUAACGCAGCAAUCUGUUCUUGUCUCUCUCUUACAUUGACUUUCAGUAUUUUGCCUGAAUGCUUUACAAAUCAGUCUAUAUUCAUAAACUAAGUCAUAGCAUACUUACAGAUAAUGUAACAUGAUACAAAAAUCUAUUCCACCUAUACCUGUCUUUGAAAAUACCAAAAUAAGGGGAGGCGUGUGUGUGUGAAAAACUUCCUACUUGUUUCCUAUUAUUUACUAUAAUGCCAUUAACACACACCAAUAACUUGUCUCAAAGAAUUCCAAAAAGCUGAGCAUCAGCUGAAUUCAGACUUGGUUUGUGACACAAAACUUAAUGCUGACUGCAUCAAUGUUAAAACGGGAAAGCUUUCCCACUAAGAUGGAAAGAUCAUGUGGCAGUAAGUUACUGAUCUAUUGAUACCAGAUUAUGAGGUCACCCAUCAAUGUACUGAACAAUUCACCAUAGUUUCUGAACUGUUACCCCUUGUCUUGAGACACAUUAUUUGAGUAAAAUUCCAAUGCUGUUGUAAGUUAAAAUGCUGAUUUUGACUGGUGACACUUUGUAAUGCCAACAUUCAAAGUAAACGUUCCUAUGAAAAAUUUACUACAUUCUUCCUGUACAUCUGUUGAGAAAGUUAAGAUAUUGCUGCCAUUUUGUAGAUUCUGAAGAGAAGUCAGACGCUGUAGAAUUUUGAAAGUAAUGUAUCCAUUAAACUUUAAAAUUAUGGUGUGGUUUCUUCACCAGUACCUGCCAGAAAAAAAUACAACUAUUUCAUGAGUCCCAUAGCAAGAAGUGGGAGCUACUUCUCUAACACAAAACAGACUGCAUUUUCACUUCACUGGAAAAGGGAAUUUUUGUAUAACUUCAGCACUACUGGUGGUGUUCUCCCAUUCAAAUCAACUCAUUUUACUGCUGAUUUUUAAGAUCACUGGUAUUGUAAUAGGAUGUUUAGAAACAUACCACUGAAGAGUGAACAGAAGAGAAUGCUCCACACCAGUAUACCCAAGUCCUGCUCACCCUAUCAUCAUCUAUCAUCACCCUAUCAUCACUUCCUUACCUACAAAGUUGAUUUCCGACUAACAUCUCUACAUAUGAAGCUAUAACCCAGUAGAACUCAGCAUGAAAUCUAAAGGUUGAGUAUUAUUACUUCAACAGUUCUCAUGGUAAAAUUUUCCAACAAUAGGGCUAGAAGAGCUGUACAGAAGUACAUGUAUAUGUGUAAGUAAGUAUCAGUUACAUAUACCUUCAUCCUAGUGAUAAGUGCAUUAGGACAGAAGCCAAAGAUUUUCUCCUAUGCCGUUUCCCUUAGGGAACAUACAAAGAAAAUCAAAGCAUGGUAUCAGAGUUUACUAAAUUAAAGAUUAAACUGUUAUACGUACAGAUCAAAUGUAUAUUUUAAUUAGAUAAAGCCAUACAGCUGAGCCUGUAUACAGACAUACAGCUGUGCCUUUUAAUGUACACAGGUGAGUACUUGGACUAGAAAUCGAUUUGUUAAGUUUGCAUGCACUAACCAGCACAAGUGCUGUAUUAUCCCUCCAAACAAUACAGUGGAAAAAACAAAUAGCAUUUCAUACCUUUUCACCACUCCCAGUAUUGUUGCUAAUGAGUGUAGUGUAGUUCCCUGCUGCUGUCUGAAACUAUCAUGUUUUCUCUGCAUCUCCAAACAGCACCAAAAUAUUAUUUGUUAAAACAGUUUAGCACAGCUGUCCGUCCAUCUAUCCAGGCUUAACAGGGCAUGUCAAAAGAGGCCAAAGGGAUAAACAGAUUAUUCCAAAACAACUAAAAUUGUAAAACUGCAAAGAAAAAUCCAGAGGGUGUUGAACUACACAGAAAUUCUGACUCACCUGCACAGAGGAAGUGCUGUGGAUCAUGCUCCACCAUUAGUUCAGUAGAGAAGGGGAGAAAGGAGCAAGAGCGCAGCCUCCUUGGUAUGAAAGAAAAUGUAUCUGCCCCAAGUAAUUGUGUGAAGGAACACCUACAGUGAACAUACACGUAUACAACCCUUGAUGGAAAACUCAUACUGUAUAUCAUGCAACAUGAUGAUUUCUUUGUUGUCUUUUGAUUAUUUACUAGAGAAUAAAAUAACCAAACAAGAGACAGUGUUUCUCUGAUGUUUUGGGGUUUUAUUAAUAAUACACAAUUAGUUUAUAAAUUCCUCAGUUUACACUAGUGUUUAUUUCAUUGUAUUAUUCUGGCAAACAACAGCACGUAAACCUAUUAAUCUGUGAAUUUUAUAAUACACCUGUACUACCGAAGUGAGGCAAGACCUGGCCUUUAUUCUGUAAGAAUACUUUUUUGUGCAUAUGAUUUGGAAUAACAUGUAACUUUCAUUAAAGAAGUUGUCUGUGAGGUAAAUAAUAUGAA